AAACUUGAAAAGCCGCCUGACUGUCUCCAGGAAAAGGCAAGACACCCAACUUCGCUGCGCUCGGGAAGAGGCCAUUGGGAACACAAACCUAGGGAAGGAGUUUCCUUAGAACGGCUUAGUGUGAAAUCAAGAAGCUGGGCAUCUGGGAGUCACCUUGGGCUUAAUUUGACCAUCCCUCAGGCUGAACCAAAUUCCCAUUUUCAGGGGUGAAGGAAGGAUGGCCCUAAAUUUCCAAGAGAUUGCUCUCCUCUCUGCCUACAUAAUAUAUUUCCUCACCGGUCUCCCUGCCAACCUCCUGGCCCUGCGGGCCUUCACAGGACGGGUCCGCCAGCCCCACCCUGCCCCCAUCCACAUCCUCCUGCUCAGCCUGACGCUGGGGGACCUCCUGCUGCUGUUGCUGCUGCCCUUCAAGAUGAUCGAGAUCGUGAACAACUUCCGCUGGCCCCUGGGAGACACACUCUGUGCCCUCACUGCGUACGGCUUCUACAGCAGCAUCUACUACAGCACGUGGCUUCUGAUGGGCAUCAGCAUCGAGCGCUACCGCAGUGUGGCUUUCCCCGUGCAGUACAAGCAGUCCCGUCGACCCAUAUAUGGAGUGAUCGCCUCUCUGGUCUCCUGCCUCUUGUCCUUCGGACACUGUAGCAUUGUGAUCAUCGUCCACUACUUACCAGCCCAAAAGGAGGGGGUUGAUGAUGCCAUAGUCCUCCCUGCCUGCUAUGAGGACUUCUCUGAAGAGCAACUGAAAGUGUUGCUUCCUGUGCGACUAGAGCUAUGUCUCUUCCUCUUCUUUGUCCCCAUGGUGGUCACCAUCUUCUGCUACUGGCGCUUCGUGUGGAUCAUGCUCUCUAGACCCCAAGUGGGAACGCGGAAGCGCUGGAGAGCAGUGGGGCUGGCCGCCGUGACCCUCUUCAACUUCUUGGUCUGCUUUGGGCCUUAUAAUGUGUCUCAUGUGGUGGGAUUCUUCCAGAAAACAAGUGAACGGUGGCGGGUGUGCGCCGUGUUGCUCAGUGCUCUCAAUGCUUGUGUCGACCCCUUGAUUUUCUACUUCUCCUCCUCAGCUAUGCGCAAAGCCUUUGAUCAAAGGCUACGGGGUCUGCAGAGCUGGGGUGUCUUACUGUCAGGGUACUGCAGGAGGAGAACUGGGGAGCCAACUGCAGAAAGAGAUGGGAGUUUAGGCAUGGCCAAUGUCAACUUCACAGGAGACUGAAUUGGCCAGCUUGCUGUUAUAUUUUGUGGGAGGAGGGAGGGCUCAAAAGGGGGAACAGUGAAACAGAACUGGGGUGACUUCUCCUGUGCCUAGCUUACAAGGCAAAGAAGAGCAGUGGACAUCUCAAGUCCAACUCAUCCAUUGGGGGAGUGUUUUUGUUUUGUUUCCUGGGGGUUAUGAUAUUUCCUUAUUUGUGGUUGGCACUGCUUCAUGGUAAGCCACAGCCCCUUGAUCCUUGAAAUUAUUUCCCCAUGCAGUAUCUUUAAGAUGGUAGCAUUCCUUCAACUACUGCAGAGCUGUCUUGCUCUGUCCUUGAUUCAGAGGCAGGGGGAGAGGUUGCUCCAUGCAGCAGGUCUAAAGAUCUAGCAAAGGCAAGAGUCUACAGAGCAAAGGGCACCUGGGUGGCUCAGCCGGUUGAGAGUCCGACUCUUGAGUUCAGCUCAGGUCAUGAUCUCAGGGUUGUAAGAUGGAGGCCUGCGUCAGGUUCCACAGUGGGUGUGGAGCCUGCUUGGGAUUCUCUCCCUUUCCUCUACCCCUCCCCCUAUUCAUGCGCUACUUUCUGUCUCUCAAAUAAAUAAAUAAAAUCCUAAAAAAAAAAAAAGAGUCUAGAGAGCCAGAUAGGAUCGUGCCAUGUGAGCCUGCACAACCAGUCCCCCAAGCAAAGCAGUUGCUGGCUCAGGUCUAUGCAACAGCAAGUCAGUGCUGGUGUGAAGAAACUACUCAGGAUACUUCUUGGUGGUUAUGUCCUAUUUUCAGUCCCCAACGCUGUGUAUUUGUAUCUUUUUU